AUGAAGACCUGGACGUUGUUGACUACUGUGUCCACCGCCUCGAGCGUGAUCACGCCGCAGAACACCUGGGCUCCGGAGUUCUUCCAGGACCCCAAGGAUGGCAGCCUCAACAUCGUCGUCUCACUAUCGACUGGGUCGUAUGGCCCCUUCCUCCCAUACGUGUACACCGCGACGGACGACUCGCUGAAGAACUGGAGCGGGCCGACGGUCAUGUCAGGCAUCUCCAACGCGGGGCUCGGCUACAUCGACACGUUCCCGGUCUACUACAACAACGAAUACCACAUCUUCACCAAGGCGGAGAGCAAUGACAAGAAGCAUAUCGAGCACGCGGUCGCGUCUUCGUUGACGGGUCCGUACGAGUUCGUGCAGACGGGUGACUUUGCGGGGUGGGGGCAGUUGGAGGGGCCGUGUGUUACCCGGCUGGAUGACGGGACGUUCCGCCUCUUUGCCGACGGAUACAGCACUAGCAAGUACGUGUACACGGAUUCAUCGGAUCUUUACAACUGGACGGCAACGACCAACCUUCCGGGAGGCCUAAGUGGAUUUGUCCGCCACGGAACUGUAUUGAAUCAAUAA